AUGGGUUCGUUGUCGUUACAAGGUCUUCCCUUGGAAUUACUCCAAAAUAUAUUCAAUCACCAACUUGAGCAGAUUCUGUCUGACCCAAUAAACCAUCAAUCAUCCCUCAUUGCACUUGCUUCAACGUCGCGGCUUCUUAAUAGCAUCGUCAAUAUCAAGUUAUACAGCGAUAUAACAAUUUAUGACGAUGACAAUUAUAGCAUUGUUGAAAAAGGUCAAAACCGCACUUUUAUCCAUAUCAAGAAACUAGCCAAAUUCGUUGAAUAUUUAACUAUUGGCAAUUUCCACAAAAUCAACUCAAUUCAUAUCCACUGCAAGUCAAAUUUCAACAAGUUUGAAUAUAUCGGUUUGUACAGUAAACUCCUGUAUUUCUGGUCCAAGUAUCACCAUUGCAUCGAAUUUAUUAAUUUUGAUAUUGAUAAUAUCCGCAAAAAUCAAACACUUUUACAAUAUUUGUCUACAAAUUGCUACCAAGUCGUUGAGGAAAACGACGAGGUUGAAGCUGCUUACCAACUUCAAGAGUCUUUUGGCUUUGAAUUUGACAAGGUUGUUAACCGUGUGGUGAACUUGCUGAAUUGGUCAAUUUUGAAUGUUGAGGAAUUAUCUACUUUACCUUUAACAAAUCCAAAUUUGAAAACAUUGGACUUUUUUAUUGAGGCGGGAUUCGUAAACGAAACAUUGCCAGGGAACUUGCUUCAACAACAACUUGUGUUGCUGAACCUACAACUGUUGAACCUAAAUACAACAUUGUCUACUCAGUAUUUCCUCAUGCUAAAUUUGAAAAUGCCAAAUUUAUCCAAAUUAUCAAUCUCCUACUCGCAUACUUUUAACAGGCCAGCUAUCAACUUUGACGAUUACCAUAUGAUCAAUUUUGACAAGCUCACUGAUUUAGAAUUGAAGUUCAAUUGCUUGCAUCUGGACUGUACCUGUAUAAAUGGGUUUUACCACGCAUUAUCAACACACUGCAUCCCACCGCUGCUGCUGCUGCUGCUGCUGCUGUCUCAACACAAUUAUACUAAAUUGAAAAAUCUAUCAAUCAUCAAUUACAAUUCCAAAAACCAAGUUAGCAACUUGCAGCAGUACACCUUUCUAAUGUCGAACCAACUUGACUCCCUAUUUCUCAAAUUUCCCAACAUCAGAUACUUGUAUUUAAAUGUCAAUGAGUUUAUCAAGAAUGAUCAAUGCAAGAUUAAUUGGUUGAAAUUUACCAAACUGAUUCAGCUUCUUGAGAAUUUGCGUAGUUUGACCAUUGCUGAUUUUUUCAAAUGGUGGAUCCCAACUAUUCAAUCAACAAGAAAUUCCUUGGUCAAUACUUGCUCUUGCUUCAAGUGUCAUUCAAUAAAACAGACAUUUCAACAAAUGGCCAGCUAUGACGAAAAAAACAACUAUACUCACAAUUUCACAAAUUUUGUUCCAGAGGAUAUAGAAUAUGGCCCAUCAAUAGAUUUGGUGAAGAAAUGCAAUAGCAAAUUUUUGUCCUACUUGUUCACGAGAUACCAGUCUCAAUUUUACCAACUGAUUAUCUACUCAAUGUCUACAUUCUAUUAUAGGAAACAGUGCAGUGGUAAUAAUGACGUGUUUACUCAAUUUCAAGAAUUGUUGAGGCAUAAUCAAUUGAAUUUGUUUGCUAGUAAAUUAAAGGGGAAGAAUAAUAAAUUGAUUGUUAAUUUGGGAGGAGUCUUGGUUUGA